AAAACCUUUCGUCAAUGUUUUUUUUUUAUAUCUUCGUCAAUUAGACUUAAACGCGUGGAACGUGUUAAACAAUAUUUUGUAGUUGUUGAAAACUUUAUUUAAUAUUUUUUUAAAAUGAGUACAGCUUUGGUUUCGGCAUUUUACGAUAUUAAUGAUGUUAUUCAACAGAGUAAACAACGACCAAUGUUAGAUUUACGUCAAAAACUGGAAGAUCGAAGGCCAAAUAAUUUAGUUAUUCCUCGACGUCACUCAACUAACUCAACGACUUUAAUUAGUUUAACCACACAAAUUACUAAAGCCCAAGUUUUGUCACCCAGUUCUUUAAGCUUUUACCCGAUGCCUUCUUCGCCCAAGGAUAAAUUUUCGGGGAAUGUUUCACCAUUUCGAGAAAGAGCACAGAGUGCAAGUUUUCAAGAAGAACUAGAUGCACAACAGAGAAAGAGAAAUUCCACGAAUUCUAGUCGCUACAAAACGGAGCUGUGUCGACCAUUUGAAGAAAACGGAACAUGCAAAUACGGCGAUAAAUGUCAAUUUGCUCAUGGUUUUCAUGAACUAAGGGGAUUGAAUCGACAUCCCAAAUACAAAACGGAAUUUUGUCGAACUUAUCAUACAAUUGGUUUUUGCCCUUACGGACCACGAUGCCAUUUCAUUCAUAACGACGAAGAGAAAAAGUUAGCUUUAACUAGUUUGGGUCGAUCAUGUUCUAUAUCAAGUAUGGAUUCGAUUCCUCCUUCCCCAGCACACGAUGUUGCUCCUUCGCCAUUUGGCAAUUCACUUACACCACCAUUAUCACCAGGGUAUGGUGGUGACGUGUUUCUUUUUGAUGAACCUUCGCAUAUUGCUCAAAACCCCUUGGCGGUGUGCGGACAAAACGCAAUGAGUGUAAUUCCAGAAAACUCUUUUCCAUCUCCCUGUAGUUCGGUUAAAAUAAACAGACUUAAAAGUAAUGAUUACAUUCCGUUAACUUCUAUGGUUAGUGGAUUAAGUUUUCAGGGUAUGAAGCCAAUAGUAAAUGAACGCUAUACAACAACACCAUCAGAUUCAGGAUCUUCAAACCCUCCCUCACCCGUCGAAAAGCUUCGUCGUCUGCCAGUGUUUGGUGGUUUGAAUUAGUGAGUUAAGUUUUUUUUUUCUAUAAAGAAAAUUUUUUUAUGUAUAGCAAUAAGUUAAGAAAUUAUUUUACAAGGUCGUAUAUAAUACGAUCUUUUUUGUCAAAAUCCCCGAGGGUAAGCAGAUAAAGCGCCCCGUUUAUAUUUGUUCUAGAUUUAAGAUUAAUCAAAAUAUAAGAAUUUUUGUUUAAAAUAUAUUUAUAUUUAUAUAUUUUAUUUUUGGAAGUUUUAUGCGUAUAAAUUUUGAUAAAAGUAUGGAGUUUUUAUUUCGGUGAUGGUGCGAGCCAUUUGUCUUGCGGCUAUAUAAAAUAUCAGUCAGGGCGUCGCGAGGUCUCUUUUUUAAAGCUUCGUAAUCCAUUUUAUAAAAAAUAAUGUUGUAAUCAGAAUUGGGUAUUCAAAUAAUCUUUGAUAUUUUUUGCCUAAUAGCUUCUGAUAAGAAAUAUGCGUCAUUAAUCCUGACUGAAGCCACUAAGCUUUUUUUUUUUUUUUUUUUGCGCUCCAUUGCACAUAUUAGUCAUAGGUUUCGUAAUUUUUAACGACAGAAAAUCUUAAUAUAAUCUUAAUUUAUACAAACAUUUUUUUCAAAGUGUUUUCUCAUUUUCUUUGUUAUUUAAAAUGUUCUAUUUAUUGACUUUGUUUUUUUUUUGUUUUUUUUGUAAUAUAUUAUUUUUGCUACGUUUUGCGGAAAUUGUGUUUUCUCAUAGGAGAGUUUACGCCGCAAAUAUAUUAUAAUAAUAUUAUUAAAAAGAGUAUUAUAUCAUUUUAAAAUUUAAGUUUUUUUUCUUAUAUUUUAUCCUUUUACGAGACUUUUAUUCAAAUUUAAUUUAUAAACUAACAUCUUAUGUUAAAUGUAUGCAGUGAUAUUUUUUGGAGAAUUCCUUGUAUAUAUAUAUAUGUUAAACGCCAAGGAGGAGGUUGCUAUUUUAUAAGUGUUAACUCAGCUUUGUAGCAAAUGUUAGCAGUGCGUGGCUAAUAUCUGUUUGCUCAGACUGAUUUUCAUUUGUUUAGCUUUUUUUUGUAAGUUCCUUAAAAAAAGACUGCGUUUGUAAAUAAAAGCCGUGUUUUUUUUUAACGUUAAUCCUUAGAUUGAAUGAUUUAGGCUUGUUUUGUAAAUUUAAAGUUGUUGCUAAGCCUCUCACUAUUUAUGUCGCCAACCUCCACUUGGUGAAGUUUUACCUCUACUUGGUGAAGUUUUAUACUUAUUUAGUACAUUAGUUUGUAAAAUACAAAAAAGAAUAAAUUAUGUUGUUUAAUUUAUAACAGGUCUCAACCUAACCUGUUUUGUGGGUUGGUUGAGAUUUUAUUGUAUUGUAGGUAUUCCUACCCAAGUUGUAAUUUAUAUACGUUUUGAUCAGUUUUUUCAAUUGA